CCGGGGCCGGAGCCAAGGGUGCAAGCGCCCUUGCAGCAAGCCGCGCCGGGCAGGUGAAAGCCCCGCCGGGGGGCUCCUGCUUCGGCUGGGUUUGCACCGCGAGGUCGGUGUGGGCAGGGCGGUGCGGCCCGGCCCAGAGGAAACCCGAUUGAAAAGACAAACAUGAAGAAGUUAAAGCUUAAAGAACUGGAAAGCUGUCUUCAACAAGUUGAUGUUUUUGAGAAUCCAAAGCUACUACUUGAACAGUAUCCAACAAGGCCACAUAUUGCAGCAUGUAUGCUCUACACAAUUCACAACACUUUUGACGAUAUUGAAAACAAAGUGGUUGCCGAUCUAGGGUGUGGUUGUGGCGUGCUCAGCAUCGGAAGUGCAACGUUAGGAGCAGGGUUGUGUGUGGGGUUUGAUGUGGACACAAAUGCCCUGGAAAUAUUUAAUAGAAAUGCUGAAGAAUUUGAGCUCACAAAUAUCGAUGUGAUUCAAUGCAAUGUGUGUUCUUUACCUGACAGAAUGUCAAAAACAUUUGACACAGUGAUUAUGAAUCCUCCCUUUGGAACCAAGCACAAUAAAGGGAUGGAUAUGGUUUUUUUGAAAGUAGCUUUGCAAAUGGCAAGAACAGCUGUAUAUUCCUUACACAAAACUUCAACACGGCAACAUGUUCAAAAGAAAGCAGAUGAAUGGAAAGUGAAGAUGGAAGUUCUAGCUGAACUUAGAUAUGAUUUACCAGCAUCAUACAAGUUUCAUAAGAAGAAAUCAGUUGACAUUGAAGUGGAUUUUGUUAGAUUUUCUUUUGAAAAGUUCUGAACCGAGGAAUGGCUUAAAACCUAUUUAAAAUGGAGUAAUAAAAACAAUGCUUUUUAUA